AUCUAACUCUCUCAGUCAGUUUCCUCAGUCAGCUGUGUGUCUGCAGAGCUCACUGUGUGUUUUUUGGGGCUCAGUGUGUGUUUUCUCCUCACCUUCAGGAUGAAGGUGUGUGUCCUCCUGAUGUGUGUGUGUUGUCUCUGUUGGAGGACGGAUGCUGAGUCCAAAUCGUACCUGAUUACAGCUCCUCUCUCGUUGCGUUUGGAUGCUAUGGAGACUGUGUUGCUACAGUUGUUUGGGUUUUCAGAGGAGGUGCGGGUCUAUGUGUUUUUGAAGACCUCUAUGGCACCGGAUCAUGUUGUUCUGGCUCAAGAGGUCGUGACCCUCAACACCCAAAACCACCAUCAGGCAGCCGCCAACGUCCGGCUGUACCCAAGUCAGCUGGAUAAAAGUGUGAAUCAUGUGAUCCUCCACAUCCAAUCGCCAGAGAUCAACCAGCACCUGUCUAUAGCUGUCAGCCGCACCAACGGCUUCCUCUUCAUCCAGACUGACAAACCACUGUACACCCCAUAUCAGAGUGUCAAAGUGAGGGCAUUCUCCCUGAACCAGGAGCUAAGGCCAGCCAAUCGCAGCGUUUUCCUGACCUUUAAGGACCCAGAUCAUACGACAGUGGAUAUUGUGGAGAUGAUUGAUGUCAAUAACGGAAUCCCGUCCAUGCAAAACCCCUUCAAGAUCCCCAUCAAACCAAAGUUAGGGAUUUGGUCCAUUGAAGCUUCCUACUCAGGCGACUUCACUACAGCAGCAAGAACAGACUUUGAAGUUAAAGAAUAUGUUCUUCCCAGUUUCUCCAUCCUUGUGGAACCUGAAGCAAACUACAUCAGCUACGGACAGUUCAACAGUUUCAACUUCAAGGUCUCUGCCAGGUAUUUACAUGGUGCUCCAGUGGCUAAUGCGGAGGUGUUUCUGCGGUAUGGCUACGUUAGCGGAAAAAAUCCUCCAGUUAUUGUCCCCAACUCUGUCACCAGAGAGAGAUUGUCCUCGACAGGUAAGGUAGAUGUGACCGUUAACAUGGAGACGGUUUUGUCCAAACACAAUGGACCAAAAGACCUAAACAGUCUGGUGGGGAAGUACCUGUACAUAGCUGUACUGCUGCAGGAGGACACAGGUGGUAUCACUCAGGAGGCGGAGUUUGCUGCAGUGAAGUUCGUCAAAUCACCUUACAGUCUGAGUCUGGUGUCUACACCCCCUUUCAUCAAACCUGGACUUCCUUACAACAUCCAGGUGUUGGUGAAGGAUCACCUGGACAAGCCAGUGAACCGGGUUCGGGUUCGUCUGGUGGAGCGACACCUGUUCAGACAGGGGAGGGACAGCGAGGACAUGCCGUGUCCUGAGAGCGCCAACAGCCAAUCAGAUGGCAUCGCUGUCUUCAUCUGCAACACGCCGAGCGAAGGAAUCAGGGCGGUGCUGAAGUUUACAACGGCGGACCCUGUCCUCCCAGCAGCCAGUCAGGCCAGUCUGACUCUGGAGGCGGUGGCCUAUCACUCACCGAACCAGCGUUACCUUUACAUCGACCCGCCGCUCCCCGGCCGCGGCCUGACAGUGGGACAAUUUGCCAACAUCAAGGUGUACUCUGCCACGCCCUCCUACCUGUCCCUCAGAGCCCUCAGUUACCUGGUGCUCUCCAAAGGGAAGGUGGUGCAUUUUGGCAGUCACAAGUUCGUCUCCAGUGCCGAUAACAAACAGAUUCUGAGCUUCCAGGUGACGCCCGCCAUGGUCCCGUCCAUCAGACUGCUGGUCUACUACAUCCUGUACGGAGAGGGGACGUCCGAGCUGGUAGCCGACUCCAUCUGGCUGGACGUCAAACACAAGUGUGUCAGCGGACUCCAGACCGAUUUGUUGUUUCGUGAACGGGACUACAAGCCAAAGGAAACUCUCCGUCUGGACAUCAGGACCAAUCAGGAGGGACUGGUGGCUCUGUCUGCUGUGGACUCCGCCCUCUUCACACUACGACCUAACUACAGAGACCCUGUUACCACGGUUCUGCGUCACAUCGAGCAGAGCGACCAGGGCUGCGGUGGAGGCGGUGGCAAAGACAGCGCAGAUGUUUUCCGACUGGCCGGCCUCACCUUCAUCACCAACGCCAACGCCCACCCCUCAACCACCAAUGAGGCGUGUACAGCAGCGGUUCGUCCAAAGCGAGCUCUGACUGAGGAGGAGAAGGCAGAGAAAGCUAAGAGUUACGGUCCUCUGAAGGCCUGCUGUGAAUUAGGGAUGAAGUACAUCCCAAAGAGUGUGACCUGCCUACAGUUUGCCGAGCAGAAAUUCAGUAAACUCCCUCGCUGCAGACAGGCCUUCAGAGCCUGCUGUGAGUAUGUGCAGCAGCACCUGGACCAGGACCAGACCCUCAUCCUGGGACGCCACGAGAUGGGGGCGGACUUCGACCUGGCCCCCUCUUUGGUGCGGAGCUACUUCCCGGAGAGCUGGCUGUGGGAGGUGCAGCGCGCCAGUCCAGGCCUGAUGUCUGUCAGCAGGACUCUACCUGACACUCUCACCACCUGGCAGGUCAGGGCCGUCGGCAUGUUCAACAACGGUAUGUGUGUAGCGGAGCCAGUCCAGGUGUCGGUCAGUCUGCUGCUCAGCGUGGACAUCCCACUGCCCUAUCAGGUGGUCAGAGGAGAACAGCUGGAGCUGGCAGGUUCGGUGUACAACCAAAAGGCCAACAGCAUCUCGUACUGUGUGACGCUGACAGUCGGACCAGCGAUCUGUCUGCUCCAGUCCCAGGCAACCACCGGGGGGGCAGGGCUGCGGUCCACGCCCUGCACUUGGACCCGUCUGUCUGCGGGGGGGGUGGGCAAGGUGACCUUCACCCUGCUGAGCCUGGAGCCUGGAGAACACACCCUGACCUUCACCCUGAAGUCACGGCAAGGAGACAGGGACGUCCUGCAGAAGAAGCUCCGAGUGGUGCCUGAAGGGGUGAGAAAGGAGGAGUACUCUGGAGGCAGACUGGACCCACAGGGACUCUACGGUUCAGAGAAGACGACGGUGGAGCUGAAGAACAAACUACCGGCCAACAUUGUUCCCAACACGGCUGUGGAGAGAAUGCUGACCAUCAACGGUGAAGUUCUGGGCGAGGUCCUGUCGGUGAUACACAACCCCGAGGGCCUCCGACAGCUCGUGAACCUGCCAGCUGGGUCGGCAGAGGCGGAGCUGGGUGGACUCCUCCCCCUUGUCCACAUUUAUCAGUACCUGGAGACAACGAGGAGCUGGGACGUCCUGGGGGCAGACAUCCAGAAGAACUCAGCAGAUCUGAGACAGAAGAUCAGAGAGGGUCUGGUCGGUAUCAGCUCCUUCAGAGGUGGAGACUCCAGUUACAGCAUGUGGACGAAGAGAGAACCCAGCACCUGGCUGACCGCUCUGGUGGUGAAGACCCUGUCUGUGGUGGAUCAGGUCAUCGCUGUGGACCAUCAGUCUCUGUCGGACUCUGUCUCCUGGUUGAUCCGCAGCACGCAGCAGCCGGACGGAUCCUUCACCGACACGUCCUCCUUCAGACCCAACAAAGUCAUGACCACAGGGACCUCUGCUGUCGACCAAUCAGUGUAUCUGACAUCCAUCGUGUUGAUCGCCUUGAAAAGAGCCACAAACAUCAAAGACCCGAUCCUGCAGCUCAGAUUCCAUGAUGACAGCAUGAGAUCCGCAGCGAACUACAUCUCCCAGCAUGCCACAGGUGUCAAGAGUGUGUAUGUGCGUGCGGUGGCGACCUACGCUCUGACCCUUCAUGACCCUAACAGCAUGAUGGCGUCUGAGCUGCUCACCAGCCUGGAGAACCUGGCCCGGCAGAAAGGUCACCCCGCCGUACUCAGGUACUGGCAGGAGUCCAGCGUUACAGCUGAUUGGCUGAAACCCGACCAAUCCAGCGGUCAGACAGUGGAGAUGACAGCGUACAUCCUGCUAACUGUACUCCUCAAGGGGAGGAUUCCUUACGCCAACCCCAUCCUGUCCUGGCUGACCCAGGAUCAGCACUAUGGAGAAGGUUUCUACUCUAUACAGGACACAGUUCUGACUCUGGAGGCGUUGACAGAGUACAGCAGAACCGUCACCCGAGCCGCCCUCAAUCAGGACAUCAACAUCCGCUACAGAGCGAAGGAAUCACUGGGACGAGUCCAACUCAGCCAGAGCCGACCUGUGGCCACGCCCAUCCAGGUGACAAAGGGUCAUGACAUCAUCGUGUCCACAGGUUAUGGGAGGGGCGUGUCAAAUGUGAAGCUGAAGACAGUUUACUAUGAGACCACCUCGUCCACACAGAAAUGUAACUUUGACCUCACUAUAGAGAUGGUCGGCACCGACGUCUCCAAAGAGGCUGGUAUGCGUGCUCCUCACCUGGUCGCCUGUGCAAAGUAUAAACCUCCUCCUAAUGAGGUGUACACAGAGUCCAGUCUGACGGUGAUGAAGAUCCAGCUGCCGACAGGUGUGGAGGCUUACCUGGAGGACCUGAGACAGUUCAGAGAUUCAGAUGAGCCGCUCAUCUCCCACUAUGAACUCCAAGGAAACACUGUGGUCAUUCAGAUGGAAAGUGUUCCCUCUGACGUCUUCUUGUGUGUCGGUUUUCGGAUCAGGACUGGGUUCAAGGUGACCGGAGCCGGUGAGUCACUGUUCAGCGUCUACGAACCUCAGGACAAAGGUACCAUGUGCACCAAACAGUUCUCCUCCCAGGAGCAGAAGCUGCAGCGCCUCUGUGUGGGUGAAAACUGUCAGUGCAUGACGGCUGCCUGUGCUGCCUACAGAGGAAACGUCGACCUGACGCUGACAGCGGUCAAACGCACAGAGGAGACCUGUCAGCCUCACAUCAAAUAUGCCUAUAAGGUGACGGUGAAGUCUUCAGCAGCAGAAGGAGACUUUAUGACCCACACAGCCACCGUAGUUGAAGUCCUGAAGAACACAGAUAAAGAUUUUGAGGCGGUGAGUUCAGGUACUGAGGUGGACCUGGUUAAAAAGACCACCUGCAGCGCUGUGGACAUCCAGAAUGGCAAACAGUACCUGGUGAUGGGAGCCAGCGGGUCAGAGGUCACACUCGGCCAAGGCUUCAGGUAUCGUCUUCCUCUGGACUCCGAGGCUGUGGUGGACCUAUGGCCGACAGAAUGUAGUUCUCCAGACUGUUCGGACUAUGUUUCCCAGCUGGAGGACUUUGCUCUGGACCUGCAGUUAUUCAGCUGCCCUGACGCGACGUCGUAACUCUGCAGCAGAGUUUCACUGCACUUUUUAAUUUAAUACUCAGAGGAGCUGAGAGAAAUCCACUGUGUCGUCUGUCUCUCUGUCAGUGUGUGUGUUUCAAUUCAUACAAACAACAGAACAACAAAAUAAAAAACUGUCACUUCCAA